AUGGCUUCCUCCGCGGCUCUAAUCCCACGAUUCCUCCUCCCACGACAAGGUGCGAUCUGGCUACGAGCUUCAAGCGUUCGCAAUGCCUCAAACAAAGCAUCAUCCGCCUCUAAAAAGGUGCCCAAAAAAGCUUCAAGCCCACCUGCAGCAGCAGGUAAGCCAUCUUCAGCAGCAGGAAAGCCAUUGGUGCUUGAAAAGCCUACCCAUUUCCGACCGCCAUCUCAUGGACAGAGAAGAGUGAAGGAAGCGCCUAGAUAUCCUGGACCAAAACUGAGUGAAGAGGAGGAAGCGGCGAGGAAGACAAGGAAAUACCCAAAUAUGAUGCCUGCGGAGGGGACGUUUAUGCAUUGGUUUAUCAAUAAUAAGAGUAUACAUUUGACGAUUACUUUGGGCACACUGUUCACUCUAGCAACAACAGUAUACUUCAACAACCUCAAGCGCUCCUCUCCAUACGCGGAUCUCCUCCCUGGCUUAUCAGAUGUCUUCUUCCACCCCAUCCAAUCCACCCGCACAUUCGGCGAAGUAAUCCGCCUAACAGGUGACUACAACACCAUCCAAACAAUGGAACGUCGCAAAGCCAAAGUCGAAGAUGUAACAAAGAGAGAUGCGUAUAGAAAGGCGCAUGGAUUAGAUAAGGAUGAAGGGUUUGGUGGCUGGACUGCGAGAGCUGCGGGCGAGGAGAUGGGUGGUGGACUUAGGGUUCCAGAUGAGAAGCCUAAGGUGGCGGAGGUCGCUGUUGAUGGAAAGGCGCAGACUGAGGACGAGAAGAAGAUUUUGAAUUUGGGUGGUGGCAAGUUGAUGCUUCCUGACGGGACGAUUGUUCUUGAGAAGGCUUACACAGCUGAACCGGUUGUAGAGAAGAAACCGUUGAGGAAGUGGCUCGGGAUCUGGUAG